CUGUUUUGUUUUGCGUUGCGUCAACUGCGCAGUCGGAUUUGUUCUCUUGCACCUGUUGCCAGUUUUUGCUUUGUUUUAUUUAAUUUAAUUAAAAUGAUGUGGAAUAUAAACUACAUUUUCGUUUUAUGCUUGCUGAGUGCCAUACAAUUCGUUUGCCGUGCUAAGACAAUAAAGAAAGCCGGAGCCACUCUCAGGCAGCCCUUCGAUGAUGACAAUUGGCAGGGCGGUUGGUUUCCCCAUGCGCCAGGUGAAACGCAUAAAGAAAAACUGCAACGUACGCAAUCUUGGACAGGCAGCUGGUUUCCCUAUGCUUCCGGUGAGCCGCAUAUCUUGAAAACGGAGCCAUCGGCUUUUACUACCGAAAAGCCAACUCCAAAGUUUAAAGACAGCUGGCAGGGUAAAUGGUUCCCCCAAGCCCCAGGAGAACCACAUAUCCUAAAAGCAGAAGUUGAAGAGAAGCAGAAUCUCGUUUGCGAUGAUGGUGUAAAUAACUUGCAUGUCGAUUACGACCCGGAUGAUAUACGUCAGAAUUAUAAUUACCUCUGUUUUGCUGCCAAUCGAAGCCUCUAUAAUCCCAACUUGAACACAGAGGCUUUGCUGACGCACCACUUUUUGCCCAGUGCCUUCCUACCGCCCGCCAAGUGCCUGAAUGAGUCCAUUGGGUACACUCACGAGCCAGCCACAUGCGGUUCUUUUCGUCCACUCCCUGCUGUUUAUGGCACCUACAAAUAUUUGCCACCUCAGCGAUAUAUCCGCAAUCUUGCCGAGGGUGCCAUUGUCCUGCUUUAUCAUCCCUGUGCCUUCCAGGGUCAAGUGGCCCAGUUGGAGAACAUUGUACGCGGCUGUCUCUAUCGGCACCUCGUUACUCCCUCGCAGCUGCUGACACCGGAACGACCAUUGGCUCUGCUAGCGUGGAGGCAUAGCUUGAGUAUGUCCGUGGUGGACAAGGAGCUGGUGGGCCAGUUCAUUCGAAAGUAUGCCAAGCAAGGACCAUUGGCUAUUCCAAUUAUUUCACGCGUUGUGGAAAAGCGCGAAAGCUAUAAGGCGGCGUUGCUGACAGAAGCGCGGCUUGUGACUGAUCUCGAUGAUAGUGAAGUGUGUGGAUACUUGGAGCAACAUAUCUAACAUUUGUUAACUGUUUAGAACUUUGGAAUAUAUUGUGCAAUUAAUAUUGUU